AAAAAAAAAAAAAAAAAACACAGAAACAGACACCAGUACACCACCACAACACAGCUCCACCGUCUUUACAUGGUUUAUCUCUCCCUCAUAUAUAUCGUCUAGAGAUCUCAGACUCUAGAGGUCUCCAUUCCCCACAACUUCUUACUCCACUUUGUUACUCUCUCUCUCUCUCUCUCUCUUUCUCUUUCUCUUUCUCUCUCUUUUUCGGAUUCUUGAUUUCAGUUUUUCUCUAUCUUCACUGCUUCUUGAUUUCAAGGCACCAACCCUCUCAGGACACCAUUAAUUUCUCUUUUUUGUGAUUAUUCUGGUUUCAAUCAUGGAUGUUUUAGUGAUUGUGGUACUUAUCUUGGCCAUGACUGGUUACUCAAGUGCAAACUGGUGUGUUUGUAGGAGUGAUGUGAGUGACACAGCUUCUCAGAAGGCCUUAGAUUAUGCUUGUGGAGCUGGAGCUGACUGCUCACCCAUCCUUCAAUCUGGGGCUUGUUACCAGCCUAACACUGUGAAGGCCCAUUGCUCUUAUGCUGUCAACAGCUACUUCCAGAGGAAGAGUCAAGCUUCAGGGACCUGUGAUUUUUCUGGUGCUGCCCAAGCUGUCACAACUGACCCAAGCCCUAGUGGUUCUUGUAUAUUUCCUGCAACCCCAAGUGCUGCAGGAACCAGUACUACAACCCCAACAACUGGAACAACACCAACCACCACAACCCCAUCUACAACUCCAACUACAGGAACUACUCCUACAGGAACUACUCCUACAGGAACCACUCCUACAACCACCACUCCCACUACUAGCACAGGCACAACUCCUACUACUACCACUGGAGGGAUCAUAGGAGGGAUUGGCUCUGGUUUAGGUCCUUCAAGUACUACUGGCAUCAACACAGAUGGCACUGGUGCUGGCCAUGCCUUACAACACAACUUAUUCUCCCUUUUGCUAGCCCUUUGGUUCUCAGGCUUCCUUUUCUUGUGGGCUUGAAGGGGACAAGUGACAAAAGGUUCUUGAUGGUGGAUGGAGAAUGUUGGGCUUUGAUGUGUGGAUGAGAUGAUGCUGCAGCAAAGAUGAUGGUAUGCAUGUGAUUGAUUAUACACUAGUGUGCUUAAGGGAACCAUCUAGAAACAUUCUCCACUAGGGUUUUUUUUUUUUUUUUUCCUCUCUCUCUCUCUCUCUCGUUCUUUCCUCAUAUUAUGUAGAAAAGCCGGGUGUGAUCUUUUGGUGGUGAUGAGCUCCUGGUGGAAUGGAACCUAAUCUCUUUGUAUCUUCCAUGCUCUUUAAGAGUGUUUUUUGUUCUGGCAAAA